UCUCUCCUCCCGUCUCUGUCAGCUCAGCUCAGUCAGUAGUUUGGCAGGCUUGCACGAAGAGACGAGGGCUGCUCCCUUUCGCCUCUGCUCGGUCUGCUCAGCACACCAACACCAUACAUUCCGCACCAUGGCUGCCACGGACGUUGACGUAUUUUCGAAUGAAGAGAAGCGUAACCUGAGUUUGGGCGGCCAUGUUGGAUUUGACAGCCUCCCUGACCAACUGGUCAGUAAAUCGGUCACGCAGGGAUUUUGUUUUAACAUCCUCUGUGUAGGGGAGACUGGAAUUGGCAAGUCAACAUUAAUGAACACACUUUUCAACACCAUGUUUGAGAACGAAGAGGCGAGCCAUUAUCAGAACGGCGUGUAUCUUCGGCCGCGAACUUACGACCUGCAAGAAAGCAACGUCCACCUCAAACUCACGAUUGUUGAUACUGUUGGCUUUGGUGAUCAGAUCAACAAAGAGGAUAGUUACAAGCCCAUCGUUGACUACAUCGACACUCAGUUCGAAAACUAUCUCCAGGAAGAGCUGAAGAUCAAACGCUCGCUGUUUAACUACCAUGACACCAGGAUCCACAUCUGCCUUUAUUUCAUCGCCCCAACAGGACACUCCCUCAAGUCUCUGGACCUCGUCACUAUGAAAAAACUGGACAGCAAGGUCAACAUCAUUCCCAUCAUUGCCAAAGCAGACACAAUCUCCAAGAGCGAGCUUCAUAAAUUCAAAAUAAAGAUCAUGAGUGAGCUGGUGAGCAAUGGUGUCCAGAUAUACCAGUUCCCCACAGAUGAUGAAGCAGUCAGCGAGAUCAACGCCUCCAUGAACGCCCAUCUGCCGUUUGCUGUGGUCGGGAGCGUGGAGGAGGUCAAAGUGGGGAACAAAACAGUGAGGGCCAGACAGUACCCCUGGGGUGUUGUGCAAGUUGAGAAUGAGAGCCACUGUGACUUUGUAAAACUCAGAGAGAUGCUGAUCAGGGUCAACAUGGAGGAUCUGAGGGAGCAGACCCACGCCCGCCACUAUGAGCUGUACCGACGCUGCAAGCUGGAGGAGAUGGGCUUCAAAGAUACAGACCCUGACAGCCAGCCAUUCAGUCUUCAAGAGACAUAUGAGGCCAAGAGGAAAGAGUUCUUGGGGGACCUGCAGCGUAAGGAGGAGGAAAUGCGACAGAUGUUUGUCAACAAAGUAAAAGAGACAGAAGCAGAACUGAAAGAAAAGGAGAGAGAGCUGCACGACAAGUUCGAGCAGCUGAAGCGGAUGCAUCAGGAGGAGAAGAGGAAGGUGGAGGAGAAGCGGAGAGAUCUGGAGGAGGAGAUGAACGCCUUCAACAGGAAGAAGGUGGCAGCCGAGACGCUCUCCUUAUCUCAGCCCCUCAAGAAAGACAAGGACAAGAAAAAUUAAUUUAUGGGCGCUGUAUACCCUCCCACACACGACCAUGGAUUUGUCCUCCAUCACCAUAGCAACGACAACACCUGUUUAUUUUUUGUUUUGUAUGUUUGUUUUUUGUUUUUGACAUUCCAUUUUGACAUUGUGCACAUGGACCAAAGACACUGAGGAUGAUGAUGAUGAUCAUGAUGAAGCCACAGGGGAGAAAAGAGUGAAAGAUGGUGAGAGAUAAUAAGUAAAAAAAAAAAAAGUUCACUUGCCAGCAGUGGGCAUCUCAUUUAUUCAGGAUCUUUCAUUCUAUGUUUGUUUUGGACACUUUUUAUAUAUAUAUAUAUAUAUAUGCAUUUUGUUUUUCUAUGUUGUGAUCUCAAAUUUUUUCUGUUUUUUUUUUUUUUUGCGUGUGUGUGUGUGUGUGUUUUACCACACACAAACACAAUUACUCACACAGAAACGAGAGGUUAUAACCCUUCAGUACUUUUGAGUUUUUUGGUACUACAGUGUAACACACCAGAGUGGAAUAUUUAAAACUGUUCAAUAUGUAUUUAAAAAAAAAAAACAUCAGGGCCUGCUUGAUUUUAUAUGACUGACAUUUAAAUUGAAGAAGUCAGUGAAAUCAAGUCUUUCCUAAAGUUUUUUUUUUUUAAAUAUCUUGAACAGUUUGAAAUGUUUAUGCAGGUGUGGUGUGUCUGUUAACCUUUUUGUAUGAGACUUUAGAUUAAAAUACGUUUCACAGUAGAAUAAAUCCCUAUAUCGAAUGAGCCCAAAUAAUACAUUUAAAUAGUAAUUAUGUCGAGCAAUAAAACUGAGUACCUGUAUACUGUUUAUAUUACUGCAUAUACAUAGGUACUGACAACCUGAAACUUAAAGUCUUAAAUCUUAAUAAAAACGUAUGCAAUA